UCAAAAUCAGCCGCAUCUCCUUUGAGAAUAAAAGAGACAUAAAAAUCUUAUUUCUAACUUACUCCAAAUUAUCAUCAACGCAAAACAAAAUUCCCUGCUUCCGCUACCGAAAUUAUCAUCAACGCAUAGAGAAGGGAGUUUUGGUGAAGAGCAUGAAGAUCGUUCGCAGAGACUAUGUUCCCGACGGCCCUGGUAGCGUUAAGAUGGUACCGGUGGAUUCGGAUGAUCUCUGGUAUGUUUAUAAUUUAAUAGCGCCUGGAGAUUCUGUUAUGGCCGUCACUGUGAGGAAAGUUCUUAGAGAAGCGGCUACUGGUGGAAGAGAUGCAGAACGUGUGAAACUGAAGUUGGAAAUACAAGUUGAGGAGAUUGCAGAUUAUGACACCUUAGGGUCUGUUUUGCGUAUACGUGGAAAGAACAUUCUAGAGAAUGAGCACGUAAAGUUAGGGGCAUUCCAUACUUUAGAGCUUGAACUGCAUCGACCUUUUGUGUUAAGAAAGGAUGUUUGGGACUCCUUGGCGUUAGAUGUACUUCAUCAGGCAUCUGAUCCUGCUGCAAGUGCUGACUUAGCUGUGAUUUUAAUGCAAGAAGGAUUAGCGCAUGUCUUGCUUGUUGGUAAAAGUGUGACAGUUACUCGUUCACGUAUAGAAACAUCAAUUCCUCGGAAGCAUGGACCUGCCAUUGCUGGUUAUGAGUCGGCUUUGAAUAAGUUCUUUGACAAUGUAUUACAGGCUUUCUUGAAACAUGUUGAUUUCAGUGUUGUCCGCUGUGCUGUGAUUGCAAGUCCAGGUUUCACAAAGGAUCAGUUUCAUCGUCACUUAUUGUUGGAAGCAGAAAGAAAACAGCUCAGGCCUAUUAUUGAGAAUAAGUCGCGCAUAGUUCUUGUGCAUACAACAUCAGGAUACAAGCAUAGUUUGAGAGAGGUUUUGGAUGCCCCAAAUGUCAUGAAUAUGAUAAAAGAUACUAAAGCGGCACAAGAGGUUCGAGCUCUCAAGGAUUUCUUCAAUAUGCUUUCAAAUGAUUCUGCACGUGCAUGCUAUGGGCCAAAGCACGUCGAGGUUGCCCAUGAACGAUUGGCUAUACAAACACUUCUUCUCACAGAUGGCCUCUUCAGGAAUUCUAAUACGGCCGAAAGGAAAAGAUAUGUUGAUCUAGUCAAGUCAGUGAAGGAUUCAGGGGGCACUGUACAUAUAUUUUCUUCUUUGCAUGUCUCAGGAGAACAACUGGCGAGUCUAACCGGCAUUGCAGCAAUCCUUCGGUUCCCGCUGCCCGACCUUGAAGACCUGGAGAUGUGAUUGGAAAGCCACAGCUUUCUCUUCUCAAAUGGUACCAAGAUGUUGUAUACUGCAAUUUUCUUUUACUUUAUUAUGUAAUAAAACUAUAUAGCAAAAGCUGCAAUAGACCUUCAAGGAUGUCUUUUGCGGGGUAGAUAGAUUGGUUAGUUAACAUAAUGAUAUAGGGAAUUGUAUCAUGUAGAUUGGGCAGCGAUCACUUGAUUUUGCUUGCAAUAUUUUAAGUUAAUAUUGUAUUUAUAGUGACACUGCCUGUCUUGUGUAUAACACAUUCAUUUUACUUGCAUUGAAAUAAAACAUACUUUUUAA